GCUUUAUAGAGAGGGAGAGGGGAGCGGGUCGCUUGGAGGCUGCUGCUGCUGCUGCCGGGACGAACAAGACGAGAAUUGUUCGAACAUUUGAAGGAAAAGAACUGAAUCAGAUCGAAGGGCACGAAAGGAAAACGGCGAACUGGGGUCGUCGUGAGAACGCGGAGGGAGGGAGGGAGGUGGGGGAGGGAGGGAGGAGCAUGCCAGUAUGGCAGCGAGCCGCCACCACAACAUGCCACUGCCGUCCGCGAGGUCGAGAAUGGCGUCGUCUUCGGCAUCGGAUCAGCAGCGCGACCGGGAGCGCGAGAAGUUCUUCGGGGCGGGAGGAAGUGGGCGCGGUGAGAGAGAUUUCUAUGGUGCUCCUGGUGCCGGAGGAGGACGGGAGAGGGAGCACGAGAGCGCUGAACGAUCCGAGCGGGGAGGUGAUGGAGGCAGGGGUGGUGAUAGAGGAGGUGGUGGAGGCGGAGGGUUAGACAGAGGCGACUCCAGAGAUAGAGAGCGGUCGAGGUCCGAAGGCUUCUCUGUGCGUGAUUCUUCUAGGGAUGCUCUGAGGAAUCCUUCGUCCCGGGAUGAUCCGGGCGUUCGAGAGUCUGUGCGCGAUUCUGCUGGACGCGAGAAGGAUCGAGAUCGUUUUAGGGAUUGGGAUUCGUCGACAGAACGAGCCAGAGAAAGGGAGCGAGAACGGGAGAAAGUGAGAGAACGGGAGAGAGACCGAGAGAGGGAUUCAAACCACAGCAGACAACAGCAGCUGCGACGAGGAUUAGUAAGCGGCGAUAGCGGCGAGGGAGAUCGUGUGCCGAGCCCCUUGUUUGGAAGGCCACCUUUAGCUUCGUCCUCCACGGGAGUUUCCAGUUCUUCUCAGUCGCAGGUUAAUGGGCCGCAGUCGAAGGAUUCUAUAAAUGUCAGGGAGAGUAGGGAGACUGAGGCCAGGAGUUCUUUAGUCAGCAUGGGGCGUCAAACGGGAAAGGAUGGGGAUAGGGAGCCGGGGGAGCUGCCGACUAGCGGUGGUAGGGCGGAGGAAGACAACUGGGGCUCUGAUUUUGCUACGUCGCAAAGAGCAAGAUCCUCGGCCCGGUCGAUGAAGAACUCGGAGCCUGACGGAGGUCCCUCCCGCAGUCCUCCGAAAAAACGAAAGUUUUCGCCUAUUGUUUGGGACUACGAUGAGAAGCAAGCACGUCCGAGUAAGGUCUCUAGCGUGUCAGGUGCACCUUCGACUGCAACCUCCAUGUCGAGGUUUAGUUCUGUUCAAACCACAACGCAAAUAUCUGUUCAACAGGUGACUACAGCUGUUCGAGCAAGUCCUGUCUCUCUUCCGAAUAGCAAUGUGUCACCUCCACAACCCUUAUCUGGUGCCCGGGUUUCAACAUCACCUGGUUCCACAGGAGUUUACGUAGAGCGGACUAGUUCUCCCAGUAGCUCACUGUCGGCUCACUCGCCACCUCGGGAUGAGAACAAAGAUUCUCCCAUGCUUUUUGAAAGCACAAAUGAGGAAACCAAAACCCCAGACACGCACAUGCAGGAUGAAACUAUGCCUUCUCCAAUGUCAGAUGAUGGGCCCGAGCCGGGCCAAUUGCUACCUGAACACGAGAGUCCUAAAAAUGAAGAUGAAGAAGAUGCACCCGUUCCCAUCACCAUUGCAGCCUCUCGCUGGGCCGAGGAAUCUCAAACACCAGAAAGAGAGAAGUCUCCCCGAUCAGGUGUGGGCAGAGGAAGAAAGCGACGCUCAUCUAGUGUUGAGAGCGAGGAAGAACGACAGUCGCUGGGUCAGGAUGGCGCACAUUUGAAUAGUGGGCCAAGUACUUCUCCUGAGCCAGGUGAGUACAUCCGGGAGAAGUCUGAUAUAGGUCGGGUGAAAGAGAAAGGUAAUGAGAGUGAUGGGAGCGUAGGACCAGGAAGUGGCGGGAAAGACCGGGGCAGUGACUCUGUCGAGGACGGGGAGUAUGAAAGGGAAUUGAACAAGAGAGAGUUGAUGGAGUUGGAUGACGAAGAUUUUGAUGACGACGAAGAAGAAGAGCAGGUUCCGGAAGUAGAAUCGGAAUUUGAAAUGCCACCCACGCCUCCUGGCCCUCAAAUGCGAGCAAUUGAUAUGCUUCAAGGAUGUAGAAGCGUAGAUGAAUUUGAAAGAUUGAACAGAAUCGACGAGGGCACGUACGGUGUAGUGUACAGGGCACGGAAUAAAAAGACCGGGGAGAUUGUAGCCCUGAAGAAGGUCAAGAUGGAGAAGGAAAAGGAAGGAUUUCCAAUGACAUCUCUUAGGGAAAUCAAUGUUCUCUUGUCAAUCCACCAUCCAUCCGUUGUAGAUGUUAAGGAGGUCGUUGUCGGGAGCACAAUAGAUAGUAUAUUCAUGGUGAUGGAGUACAUGGAACAUGACCUUAAAGGUCUCAUGGAAGCAAUGAAGCAGCCCUUUAGUCAGAGUGAAGUCAAAUGCUUGAUGCUACAGCUUUUUGAGGGAACAAAGUACCUGCACGACAAUUGGGUCCUUCACAGAGACUUGAAAACCUCGAACUUGCUACUGAACAACAGAGGAGAGCUGAAAAUUUGUGAUUUUGGUCUGGCACGGCAAUAUGGUAGCCCCUUGAAGGCUUACUCGCAAAUGGUGGUUACUCUUUGGUACAGGGCACCGGAGUUGCUGCUCGGUUCAAAGCAGUACUCUACAGCCAUUGACAUGUGGUCAUUGGGUUGCAUCAUGGCGGAGUUCCUGGCUAAGGAGCCGCUUUUCAACGGCAAGUCUGAAAUCGACCAGAUUGAUAAGAUUUUCAAAAUACUAGGAACUCCAAGCGAAAAAAUUUGGCCUGAAUUUGUAAAUCUACCCGGAGUAAAGUGCAACUUCGUUAGACAACCCUACAACCGAUUAAGGGAAAAGUUCCCUCCGACAGCGUUUGCUGGAAGACCGACACUUUCUGAGAGCGGAUACAAUCUACUCAAUGGACUACUAACGUAUGAUCCUAAAAAGAGACUAACUGCAGAAGAAGCUUUGAAGCAUGAAUGGUUCAGAGAAGUACCAUUGCCCAAGUCCAAGGAGUUCAUGCCAACCUUUCCCGCAAGGAGUGAGCACGAUAGCAGGCGACUCCGGAGGCUUAUGAAGAGCCCUGACCCUCUAGAGGAACAGCGAAAGCGUGAGUUGCGCCAAGGUGAGCUCGGUGCAGGGGGUCUUUUUGGCUGAGCUUACAUAAGCUUACAAUUCAGGGAAACGGGCAAGUCAAGUGUGAAUGAGGAUGACUAUGGUGGACAACUCAUAUCUGCUCUAGGCAUGCAGAUUAUCUAAAUUUUGAGUUCUCUUGGAAACGAAGGGGAUGGCAUUGUAUGCUCUCGUGCAUAUCUUUGACUGGGAGGGCGAAACUCCUCAUCAAUCUUGGUGUAAGAAAUGUAAUAUACAGAAGCUCUUCUGCACAUUGUUUGGAGUUUCAAAAAGUAGGCAUACAUCAGGUGGUUUGAGAUCAUCUCCUGAGGUGGAUAAAUGAAGUUUAGCAACACCUCGCAUCAUGGCAUGACUUUAGUUUGUCGAGUGACUCGACUAGUAGUUAUCUAUGUUAUCCUGCAGUCCACAGUUGGUGGAGUGUGGGCAUUAUGCAGAGUUAGCAUGGUUUAGGAAGUUAGAGUGUUUCUUCAAACUUUAAAGCAGCCGUAAUACGUCAGUGGAUGUGAGACUGGCAUACAUUAUCUAAUUUUAAGCUCCAGCAUUUCUCCUGAGUUAGGGGCAGCGAUGACCUUCCUUUUGGCAUGUGAUGAUGCUGCAGAAGUGUGAGCUUCGAGCCUACUCUUUCUGUAAGAAUUCACGAGGAAAUUCAAUAGCAGCGCAGUGUUAUGCUGGUAGGCCUUGACUUCUUGUGUGGUAGUGACGCUUGGUGGUGAGUAGAGCCUGGUGGACUUGUUGCUGACCUCAUCCGAAGUUGAAAUCAGGAGCAGCACCCAACAUACAAGAUGCACUGGAUUGGGUCAAGGUUGAGAUGUGCUUACUACACAAUUCUACCGAGAAAACAAUCGGUUUUGGAGGUACUUGUUCCUUCCGGUCACGAGUGUACUACGACGCAUAUGGUGAGUCGAAAUAUGCAGUACACCUGCAAAUGUUGUCCUUCCUUUUUUCCUAGAAUUUUUAAGUUGUACUACAUCGGAAGUUUUGCCAGGACAGUUGUUCGUCGGGAAGAUACUGUUCGAAAAUUACAACCGCCCUGCUCAAGGCUUUGACAACUUUUAUGUCUCGGGUUGGUUUAUCUUGUAUAUUAUCUCCAUGUUUCUAUCUCGUAAGAUCUUCAAUCCGUCACUCAUCACUCAUGUACAACCCGAAGUUUCAUGGUCUUUGUUUACAAUAAUCACAGAGCUCACACGGCCCCGCCCAUCAGGUAAUUUUAUAACUUUUUCAUUAGUUUGGAAUUUCACCUUCAGUUAAUCUUGUUUAAUAUACUGUGAAGGACGAGGUGAUGCAACAUCUACCUUCUGGACUGAACCUGCGUAGGCUCAUUUGUCUGCUUUGUUGUCGUCAUUUGCUGAGAUAGUGAAAUUGCUUCGAUGUUUUGAGCAGGCAUCAGCAAAUUCGAGCAACUGCUUCCGAUGUUAAAAGAAGAAAGAAGUCAGUGAUAUUAGUGAGAAAAUAAUUUUACGAUAAUACAUCUAAUAAUGCGAUUGUUAUGGCUUCACUGCUGACAGGUCUUUUUCCCAGCGUAGAUGCUUCGAUCUCUUGAGAGCCUUUUUUAAUUGAUAGUGGAAGCUUUUCGUGGAGGCAAGUCAUAUGGUUGGAGAGGGGCAGUAAAUUUGUGUCUGCGUUCAUCUUCCUCACGUCGUUGCGUGAUGACCAAAUGUUGAUUAAUGUUAAGAUCUUUUCGUCAUGAUCUUAUCAUCAAUCAACAUCAAUCAAUAUUUGGUCAUCACACAACGACGUGUCAGCCCAAGGCAUGUUAGCUCAAGACGUGUCAGAGGCAAAAUCAUGUGAAAUAUCUGGGAAAACUUACCAAUUAACUUCAUUUGUUUUGUAGAUUUUUGACGGUCCCGUUCUUCGCGAGAUAGAGGACCCUCAACAAGAGACACUGACGAUGAGUAGAACUGCCUCUGUUUCAGCAACAGUGUCAAGUGGAUUUCUCAGUAGGGCUCUUCUUGAACGGAUUAGAAUUAUUAUCGUGUUUAUUGGAGUAGAGACUUGUACGACGGAGGGUGGGGUUGGUUUCUUGUCGUAACAUAUUCUAUGAAAGUUUUGUCCCACAAUGAGAUUAGCUCUCAUGUUCUACUAUUCUGCUUGUUUAUCACCGCUACGGGUAACGAAAGGAAGAGAGUUGAUACCUUGCUCGAAGGAAACUUGGCUAUCCAGGCUAACUCUCAAGUGUUUUCAAUGUGGUCAUUUCGCGCAUCCCACCAAGUUCCAAGUGGUAGGUUCUUGAAACUUGGUGAAAGUUGAAAGUAUGUGGGUAGUGAAUGGUAACGGUGUGAAGUAAAGUGUACGGUAAGUCUUGUUGGAUUGAAAAUUAUCCCGAACCUACAUCCACG